CUGACAGCAUUGCUGUGAAUCCAUUGGGGCCGUGUUUGUGUACAUUGCUUUGCAAUCGGAGUGAAUUUCACGUAAAUUGCCCUCCAAGUGUCGCGAUAAGCAGCGUGGGUGAUAUCAUAGGCAGCAUGGCGGACUACUUUGAGGAGAUGGGCUGGGAGCCGGUGGCGCUGGAUCAGACACAGCGCCAUCAGACGAUGCUGAUGGUGCGUGCGUUGCUGGAUCACGGCUUUUUCCCCGAUGAGAUGCUGCAGGGUGGGAGACUGGCGCCUCCGGCAUCCAAGGAGGUGGUCAGAAAUCUGCAGGAGAGAAUGCCCACGCCGGAGGACGAGAGCUGUGCCAUCUGUCUGAAGCCCAAUUCUGACCAUCCGGACAUUUUCAAGGUUCUGCCCUGCUCUCAUGAAUUCCACCAGGCCUGCAUCUUGCCCUGGCUGAAUCAGACCAACUCCUGUCCGUUGUGUCGGUACGAGCUGAAAACCGACGAUGCCGAGUAUGAGGAGCGGAAAAAAUUCCUACAGCGCCAGAAGGAGCGAGAGGAGGAGCUUGAGGGUCUUCACAAUUCCAUGUUCGGCUGAUUAACUCAUCUUUAGCAAUUUUGAGGCAAAAUAUCCCCCCAAAACUCCAAGUUUCCGUUUGCUGUAAGUUUUAAAUAUGAAAUAAACGCGUGUCGGUAAUGCAGAGCAUGG